UGGGCGUGCUGACGUCACGCCGGACGCCGCUGCUUUGACGCCCAGCUGGUGUAUCUCGGGGUGGCGCGGGCCCCCUUGAGGGGACGCGGUGGGUCUGGCUGUCCCGGCUGACGCUAGGGCUCAGCAUCCUCCGUCCCGCUGGUUUGGCCCGCCUUGGCCGGCCUCUGCGUGCCGAGGUCAUGGAUCUGGCUUUAAACCGCGCGGAUUAUCUACAGGUGGGAGUGACGUCUCAGAAGACUAUGAAGCUCCUUCCUGCCUCAAAAUCUAGAGCUACACAAAAGGUGGUUAUUGGAGAUCAUGAUGGGGUAGUUACAUGCUUUGGCAUGAAGAAAGGAGAAGCAGUGGCAGUGUUCAAGACUUUACCAGGGCAGAAGAUUGCAAGGCUGGAACUAGGAGGGGUUCUUAACACACCACAGGAGAAAAUUUUUAUUGCUGCAGGAUCUGAAAUCAGAGGCUUCACAAAGAGAGGAAAGCAGUUCCUUUCUUUUGAAACAAAUCUCACAGAAUGCAUUAAAGCUAUGCACAUAUCUGGCUCUGACCUCUUUCUCAGUGCGAGUUACAUCUAUAAUCAUUAUUGUGACUGCCAAGACCAACAUUACUAUCUUUCCGGGGAUAAAAUCAAUGAUGUCACCUGCCUUCCAGUAGAAAGAUCACCCCAGAUUACGCCGGUAUUGGCAUGCCAGGACAGAGUGCUCAGAGUUUUACAGGGAUCUGACGUGAUGUAUGAAGUUGAAAUUCCGGGGCCACCUAGUGUCUUAGCAUUACACAAUGGAAAUGGCGGUGACUCUGGAGAAGAUGUUUUGUUUGGAACCUCAGAUGGGAAACUUGGACUUAUUCAGGUCACAACAUCCAAACCAAUACACAAAUGGGAAAUUCGAAAUGAAAAGAAGAGGGGAGGUAUUUUGUGUAUGGACAGCUUCGAUAUUGUGGGUGAUGGGGUUAAAGAUUUACUUGUUGGGAGAGACGAUGGCAUGGUGGAAGUGUAUAGUUUUGAUAGUGCAAAUGAACCUAUUCUACGAUUUGAUCAGAUGUUAUCUGAAAGUGUCACAUCCAUCCAAGGUGGUUGUGUAGGGAAAGACGGUUACGAUGAAAUCGUGGUGUCUACAUAUUCAGGCUGGGUUACAGGUCUGACAACAGAACCUACUCAUAAGGAAAGUGGACCUGGAGAAGAACUAAAAAUUAAUCAGGAGAUGCAGAAUAAAAUUGCUUGUUUACGGAGUGAGUUGGAACAUCUGCAGUACAAGGUACUACAAGAAAGAGAGAAUUAUCAACAGGCUUCUCAGUCAAGCAGAGCAAAAACAGCUUUGUCUUCAAUUAGCAUAAAUGACAAGUUUACAUUAAAUAAAGAUGAUGCUAGCUAUAGCCUUAUUUUAGAGGUGCAGACUGCGAUAGAUAAUGUCUUAAUACAGAGCGACGUUCCAAUCGAUUUACUUGAUAUGGAUAAGAAUUCUGCUGUUGUUAGCUUUAGCAGCUGCGAUUCUGAGUCGAAUGACAACUUUCUUCUUGCCACUUACCGGUGCCAGGCAAAUACCACAAGGCUGGAACUCAAGAUUCGUUCAAUUGAAGGCCAGUACGGUACACUUCAAGCAUAUGUAACUCCAAGAGUUCAACCCAAAACCUGUCAGGUCCGCCAGUACCACAUCAAACCCCUUUCCCUUCAUCAGAGAACUCAUUUUAUUGAUCCUGACAGACCCAUGAAUACACUGACUCUCACAGGUCAGUUCAGUUUUGCUGAAGUUCACUCCUGGGUGGUUUUCUGCCUUCCUGAAGUCCCUGAAAAACCUCCAGCAGGAGAAUGUAUAACGUUUUACUUUCAGAACACCUUCCUGGAUACGCAACUUGAAAGUACCUACAGAAAAGGAGAAGGAGUUUUUAAAUCUGACAACAUUUCUACAAUAUCCAUCCUGAAAGAUGUGCUUUCUAAAGAAGCUACAAAAAGGAAAAUUAACCUCAACAUAUCAUACGAGAUAAGUGAAGUAUCCGUCAAGCACACAUUAAAACUCAUCCACCCAAAGCUGGAAUACCAGUUGCUUCUAGCUAAGAAAGUGCAGUUGAUUGAUGCUUUAAAAGAGUUGCAGGUUCAUGAGGGAAAUACGAACUUUUUGAUACCAGAAUAUCGUAGUAUUCUGGAAGAGGCAGAUCACCUCCAGGAAGAAUACAAAAAGCAACCCGCACAUCUGGAAAGACUCUAUGGCAUGAUCACUGAUCUCUUCAUAGAUAAGUUUAAAUUCAAAGGCACCAAUGUAAAAACCAAAGUCCCUCUUCUGCUGGAGAUUCUGGACAGUUAUGACCAAAAUGCAUUGAUUGCUUUCUUUGAUGCAGCAUGAAAGGAGUUGGAAGUAAUCUGCAGCUGAUUUCUCUCUUGCUUGGUAACAUUUUAGGACCCUGCUGCUUGGCUCAGUGCUGUAAAUUAUGAGCAGGGGAAUAAACAGCGCUUACCAAAGAAAAGGGAUGUGAACUUGAUUUGCCCAACCAGUUGAGCUGUAGAAAUAUACAAGUGAGGGAUAGGCGCUAAGAGUUUUCUUGCAUGAGUACCCACUAACUUCCUUGUUGUUAUAUAUGAAGGAAAGGAAGACUUCCAAAUUCCAGAAAUUUUGUUCAUUAAUCUUUUUUUUUUUUUUUGUCUUGUUGAGACGGUCUCACUGCAGUUCGUUAAUCUUAAUUCAUAUUUAUUUCAGGGGAAUGUUGUAUUUAAAGGUUUUUGAAUGGCAUAAAGACAAUGAAAAAUAAGCUGUUUUCUGUUUUCAAGAAGGGUAAAUGGAGCCGGGUAUGGUAGUGCAUGCUUGUA